GUCCUUUUCUGGGUGAGAGGCGUUUCUUGUUAUCGGACUGGGGCGGGAGAGUGUUGGAUUUCUGACUAACAAGGCUGCAAGAACCGAAGGAGCCUCGCCAGUGGCUCUGCUCAGAUAUUCAGGUAAGGUCAUCAGGAAGCAGAGGCGAGCACCAGCUAAAGGGAGUAAGAAACUCUGAAAAUAGUUCGCAGCAGCCGGCAGCCGAGACGGGCUGGGAAGUCAGCAUUACAGUGCAACAAGUGAUAGGAGCAGAAAUGGAGAGGAAGGAACAGUCGGAUUCUAAUCAUGCGUCGGCGUUUGCAGAAGGUCAACGCUGGGUGGAGGAAGUCACUGGAAAGAAAUUUGGGCAGAAAGAUUUUCGUUCAGCACUGGAAGAUGGAGUCCUGCUGUGCGAGCUGGUUAACAAAAUAAAGCCUGGUGUCAAUAAAAAGAUCAACCGCCUGUCUACACCUAUAGCUGGUUUGGACAACAUUAACGUUUUCCUGAAGGGCUGUCAGAAAAUUGGCUUGAAAGAAGCACAGCUGUUUCACCCAGGAGACUUGCAGGAUUUAUCCAGUCGCGUCACUGUCAAGCGUGAAGAAACCGAAAGGAGACUAAAAAAUGUUUUGAUUACGAUAUAUUGGCUUGGGAGAAGAGCACAGUCUGACCCUCAUUAUAAUGGACCAUACCUUGACCUGAAUGCGUUUGAGGGGCUGUUAGGACAAACGCUGACCAAGGCACUUACAGACUUGGGUAGCUUGAACCGAAGCGGACGAGACAGCGGGUACUGUGAUAUCUGGUGUGCAGAGCGCAUCGAACCAGCGUCGCCGCAGUUCACGCACAGAAGAGACGACUCAUUUGAUAGCUUGGACUCCUUUGGGUCGAAGUCAUUCGCAAGCCUUUCUUCAGACAUAACUCUAAAGGGGAGCAGUGAAGGUGGUGGGAGUGAUAUCGAGCCAGACGAUCUGAGCAGCAAGGCAAUGGAAGGUCCAAAGGAUGACAUGUUGCUUCGUAGGGUCUCCACCUCUGAGUUCAAGCCUGUCGUUCCCUUCAACCAGUUCCUGCCGACUAAAAGCAAGCCUGCAACCUAUGUGCCAGCUCCACUGAGGAAAAAGCGUGCAGAAAGAAAUGAGGAGAAUAGGCGAAGUUGGGCAAGCCCAAUGUUUGCAGAGACUGAUGGAUCUUUAUCAAGGAGUAAAUCGGUCAAUGAUAUUACUGCCGAAGAAGGUACAAUUCCAAAAUCUUUACGAUAUGAAGAACUGCAGAGAUUAAGGAAAGCUUUGAAUGAACAGGACCAGCAAUGGCAGACUGACCUGGCAAAGUGGAAGAAUCGUCGUAAAAGUUAUACCUCCGACCUACAAAGACGGAAGGAAGAGAGAGAAGAGAUUGAAAAAAUGACAUCUGGAGAGAGUGUCAAACCAACAAAGACGUACAGGAAAAUCAGGGAAGAAAGGGAGCUCAGGCAGCAAGAAUCAUUCAGUGGUAACCAAAGUAACUACAGAAAGCUGAACUCCUCUGAUGAGGAAGUGUUUGAAGAGGAGAAGCCUCAGCGGCGUUCUUUUGAAAGAAGCCACACUGUGGCAACUGAAAACCCUUUCACCUUCCAGAAACGCGAGCCUAUAUCCUCAGUAUCUUCACUCCACGUUCCAGCGAGACAGGCAGCAACAGAAUUGAAAACUACAGUCGACAGCAUGUUGGAAGAGCAAAGCUCUCUCCCCUUGGAUACCCACCAAUCAAUGGAUUAUAAAGUCAACCAGCCUCGGGUUUCAAGUUCUCUGCCCAGGAAUUAUCAGAAACCCAACGUGUCAAGAAUUACUCCUGUGGUUGCCCCGAGACCCUAUGGUACACAAUCUAAACGACUCUCCUCGCUCACAAGGUCUUACCCCCAGAGGGAUGAGCCAGCGAAAUAUAACGGAGAUGUCAAUGGUUCAAAAAGUUUCCAGGAAACCUCGGGCCUCCCCUCCAAGCGGGAAGCAGCAGAGACGAAUGAAAGCACUGGGCCGUCAAAAUAUAAGGCAGAGGGAGCCAUGUGGUUCAACCCUUCCUUGAAAACUGAGGAAGAGAGGUCUGUGGAGGUGACAGUUGCCUCAAAGCCAGAAAAUGAUCUGUUCUCGCAGAGCAAUUUUUCCUCUAAAACAGGAAAUGGGACAUUUGCCAGGCAAAAUUAUUCCUCAAAACUGGAGAAUGACGACCAAUCACAGGGCAGUUCUGUAAUGAGUAGUAAUGAGGAGGAGGAGGAGGAGGAGGAAGAAGAGGAAGAAGUAAGGACUCCAUCUCUCAGAGAGAACAACUUUCUCCAUGAGUCCAAGCCUGACACAGCUUCCAGCACUACAUCAAUGAAUUCUUUUACAAAAGCUAAAAGCCUGCCCACUGAAAUGGUUACCACAGCAGCCAGGCAACAGAGUCCAUAUAGUGAAACACGCAUAGUUAUUAAUCAGAAACCUAACAGUAAUCAAGACUUUGGAUUCACGACUGAUUGGAGCACGACCAGUGUGACUGUCAAAUCCAUUCAAAAAGGAGGGCCAGCAGAAUUUUGCAACUUGGAAGUAGGUGAUGAAAUAAGUUCAAUCAAUGGCAAUAAUGUAGCCAUCAUGGACCAUCAGGCUUGGGUAGAAGCCAUAGAAGAUGCAAGAAAAACUGGAAACUUGAACAUGGAAGUCAGAAAGUAUGAAAACAACAGUAUGAGUGCAAUGAAGUUCAACAACUCCAGUGAACCCACUCGGUGGGAAGACACGAUGACGUCUAGCAGAUAUCAGCCCUUCAAUAAACAAUCAGAUUUUACUCGAUCAGAAGAAGAUGAGAAGAAAUUAGCGGAAGAUUCAAGACAAAACGCUUCUGAACCUAUUAGUCUAAAAAACUUUAGGAGGCGAUCCCAGUUUUUUGAACAAGGAGGAUCAGAACCGGCAAUAAACGAUCUACAAAUUCCAUCAAUUAGUGUUUCAAGUCGUUGGUCCUGGAAUCCUGAGGAGGAACGAAAGCGGCAGGAGUUAUGGCAGAAGGAACAAGAGCGUUUGUUGCAGGAAAAAUAUCAGCGUGAACAAGAAAGGCUACAGGAAGAGUGGGAAAAGGCCCAGAGAGAAGCUGAACAAGAAGGUUCCAAGUACUAUGAAGAGGAGCGCAAGAUACUGCAAGAAACAAACACCCCAAGGCCACCUUUGGGUGCCACGGAUGGGCCCCGUGAAUCCAAUUACAGGUUCUCUUCCCGAGAUUGGAUGACAUCUUGGGAUGAUCAGGGCAGUGAAAAGGAGCUGGGCGAUGAAAAAGAUGGACACCAAAGUGAAGAUGAGGCAAGGAAUAAGGAAGAAAUUCAGCUACAGGAGGAGCAGGCACAACGGGAAGUGGCAGCUCGCCUUGUGCAAGAAAGGAAACUGCAGGAAAUGAGGGAAUGGGAGCGCCAGGAGAAACAACGACUGGAGCUAGAGCGGCAGAAAGAAGAGCGAAGACGGAGGCAACAGGCAGAGGAGCGAGCCCGUCUGGCGGAGGCAGAAAGAGCUAAAGAAUUUCAACCCCGGUGGUCUAAGUCAACUUCAGAGCUCGAUGAAGUUGUACCUGUGCAAAAGCAUGGUGUAAGUACGGGAUCAGUGGGCGGUGUAGCCCAGUGGCUGUUGGAAGAGGAGAAGCUACGCAGGGAUAGUGCCAAGUCACAAGAUGCAUUGCGAGUUGAGUUGGAAAUUCAGAGGAUGCAAAUCCUUAAUCAGAUGAAACUUGCUGACCCAGAGAGAGGUGACUUGAAGAGUAGAGUCCCGGACAGCGCGUGGAUUAACAGGGACGCACAGCCCAAGACCUCACAACAGAAAGAGCAGCCACUGUCGCAGGCUGAGCAAGAGCGACAGAAAAUUCUGCAGGAGAUGCGCAGGAAGACCCAGCUGCUGAACGACAAUAGCUGGAUCAGGCAGCGUAGUUCCAGUGUUGCGAAUAAGAAUCCGGCCAGUAACUACGGAUCCCUGAGGAGAGGUGAAUCUUUGGAUAACUUGGAUACCCCAAGGACAAGUACCUGGGGACCAAAUUCUGAGCUGGUGAAUUCCUCGGCAAAGGAAUCGAACUACCACCCAGUCUCCACUUCAAACCAAUCCUUCAUGCGUCGUCAAUCUGCAACACUGCCAGCUCCAUCCAGUGGAUCAGUGAGAACAGCAUCAUGGGCGAAGAGUUCUUCUGUUGCCCCGAGCACUCAGUCGCAAACAACCCAAGGCAGCAGGUCAAUAAGUGGAAAGAAGAUCUGUUCAUACUGUGAUAGCGCUCUGGGCAAAGGAGCUGCCAUGAUCAUCGAGUCUCUUGGUCUUUGUUAUCAUUUGCAUUGUUUUAAGUGCACGUCAUGCAGUGUUGACCUCGGAGGAACAGAAUCGGGAGCGGAGGUUCGAGUACGGAACAACAGUCUCUUCUGCAACUCGUGCUAUGCCCAGUACAAAGCUGGGCAGCUCCUGAACCACUGAGGAAUCUCCAAGCAUUGGAAAGAUACUAGUGUGCGUGGAACGGAUGAGAUGCUUGGCUUAAUGCUUUAAGAAACCUAACAUAUUCCUCAUGAAUGGACAGAAAAAGCUCUUGAUAAGCAAAUUAUAUAAAAGAGAUGUAACUCAUUGAAAUUUAAAAUUAUUCUUUUCAUCACAGUUGGGCUACAAAUGGGGUGACUGCUCGAUUAAACAUAAAUCUUCAAUUUAUGGUGUAAAGAUUCAAUCUCUGUAUUGAACUGAAUUUGCUUAUGCAGUAUAACAGUGGCUACAAGUUUAUUCUGUUUCUGAAGUAUGCCUCCACUGAAAUUGCUGGAAUACCAAAGUUUGGAAGCAGUGUCACUUUUAUAAUUGAUAUGUGUGUGCCAUUCGCACAAUCAAUCAAAAAUAAGUUUCUGCCGUUCUUAUUUUCUUACGAGCAAUGCAUGUACAGGAGCUGAGGGAAUGCAUGGUGUAUUAUACAGAAAAUGUAUUGGUGACAUAACUUUUAUUUAUCGAACUGAUGAGCUGUUAGUUUAUGGUGCAAGUAAGGUGACAGCCUCUGUUCAUACAGCUGUGUGUGGAGCAGAAUUCUGUGGUUCAUUUACAUAUCUAUUCUACUUAUCAUUUAUGUUCUGAAACUUUUUGAGAGAUCCAUGUAACAAUUGUAAAACUGCAGUAACUUGGCACAUUUAUCAUUGUUAUUCUGUUGGUGAGGUGACUCUGGAAGAAGCAUUAUAUUUUCUCAAACGAGGGCAGGUUAAAAGGUGGGGUAGGCAUGCAUUUUAAAUGUAUGAGCCUCAUACAGCCCUUGGUGAUCAAGAGCUUGGAUGUGGAGUCAAAAUCUGAGAUUUAUUCCUGGCUUUUUGGAAUGGAUGGUUAAAAUAUUUUGCAAAAAAAAAAACCCCUCAGAAAUUGUACAAAAUAAAAGUCAGUUUGUUUUUGUGUUGAAUGAUGUUUAUAAAUAAAAUGAAAUAAAUCUUGAAA